GUGUGUUUAAAGUUCACUCAAGAGUCAGUUAUACAGAAAAAUUACAUGGAUACAGCUAAACUGGCCGACUACAGCGAGGCCAAGUCCCAUCUUGAGCAGCUACAGCAGACGCUGACUAACUUGGAUCAUCAUCAUCAUCAUCCUCAUUCCCAUUCGCAUCCACAUCACCAUGGGCUGUAUCACACGGUUCCCAAUACAUCGACUAUAACCACAGAUUCGGUGGUUUCCUGUGUCACCUCUACAUUGCCGGCUGUCGGCAAGGCCACAUCUUCGUCCUCCUCUGCCUCUAGUUGCGAGAACUCCGAAACGGAGCGCAAGAAAUGCCACAAUCACACUCACAGCGAAAUGGACGUGAGUCACACGCUUAUGGAAGCCAUCUGCACUCUUCCUCUGCCUACUCAUGGGCAAAGGUCGCCGCCCUGUUGCCUGGCCAUGGCCGGAAAUGGAACGCCACCUGCUGGAGCGCUAAUGAAUGGCUUGGGCAGCAACGCUAACGGAAGCGCCACUUCCUUAUGCAAUGAUCUUGUGCGAGAAUCGUCCUGGUAUGCGCAUCACCACCAUCACCACCACCACCACCAAUUGACGGAUGAACUGGUCAUGUACACAGCGCCAGCGCCGACGGCGGCAGCGGCAGCCGCCAUUGGCAAAUUCGGCCUGGACACAUCCACAGAGGGUUACUUGAACGCAAGGUACAAUGUGAAUGUCAAAGGCGUGCGCCAUGAAAGAACAUCAAGUUUCUUCGACAUACCCGCUGUGACCCACCCGCACCCACACCCGCACCCACAUCCGCAUCCCUAUUGCUACAGGUUUCCACCAUCGCCACCUGCGGGCAUCUUAAAGAAGAGCGACGAAGAUGCGACCUUUGCUGCUGUAUAUUGCAAUGAUGUAUCUGUUGGUCAGCACUUUCAUCAGCACAACACCAAAAUCGAGCAUGCCGACUCUACAACGACAGCCGCUGCUGCACAUCAUCAUCAGCAGCAACAACAACAGCAGCAACAGCAACAGCAGCAACAACAACAGCAACAGCAACAACAGCAGCAACAGCAUCAUGAUUCGGUGCAUCAACAUAGCCACAGCCAUCAACAGCCACAGAAUACACAUCAGCAGGGGCAUGCACACCUGACUCCGGUGCAUGCAGCCUCCGCCUUCAAAUUUAGCCAUACGGCGGUCAUCUCCAGCUCAGCUGUCUACGCCGCAGCACCACACUAUACCCACCAGCAGCAUUCGCAACCCCAGUCGCAUGCCACAGUGUAUCGCGAUAUUUCACCCAGCAUAGGCUCUGCUAGCGAGCCGGAUCUUAAGUAUGAGAGUGGUCCGUAUAAUGCCACAAUAUCUUCAACCUAUCCGCCACCAUUGCGACCCAGUGUGGUCGACUCCACAACGUCUAGUGAUGCGGAGCUUCGCUUAGAUCAGUUUUAUGCUAGCAAUACAAUAUCCACCAGCAGCAAUGGGCAGACCAUUAGCCAGCGUCGAGGCUCGCUUCAAUUAUGGCAAUUUUUAGUAGCCCUUCUGGAUGAACCCGCUACUAGCUCUAGUUGUAUUGCGUGGACAGGACGAGGCAUGGAAUUUAAGCUCAUCGAACCGGAGGAGGUGGCACGUCGGUGGGGCAUACAAAAGAAUAGACCAGCUAUGAACUAUGACAAGCUGUCGCGAAGUCUGCGCUAUUACUAUGAGAAGGGAAUUAUGCAGAAGGUCAAUGGUGAACGGUAUGUCUAUCGCUUUGUAUGUGAUCCCGAUGCGCUUUUCAACAUGGCAUAUGGUCACCUUACAAGCAAACAGGCAGACCAGCAGCAUCAGUUGGCCUUGUCGUUGGCCAAAUCGUCGCCGGAGUCGCAUUCGCAACCACUUCGCGUGCAAAAAUCGACGGCUGUGGAUUACUAUGACAGUGGCUUGCAUAAGUAUCAGUAG